GAGAUGUGAUCUUAAAUGUUUUGCAGAAACGCGUCAUUAGUGACGGUGGCAGUAGAAGAUCACUACAAUCCGACUGAGACCGACGCAGCAGGGGUAGUCUUCAACUAUUCGCCAAUCAUUCUAUACACCGUUUUCCAAGUACUUAACGUUUCAAAAAUGCUACCGUUUGAGGUUCACUCAAGAGGAAAUUUGACGACAAAUAUUUACGCGAGUGCCAUAAUCGAAGUGUCAUCCGUAAUUGCGGAUUUGAUAAAAGUGAUAUAUUUUGGUUUGCCAAUUUUAUUGAAUCACAUAUUUCGGACAUUGGUUCCACCAAAGCUAAAAAAUGUUUCCGGUCAAACCGUGCUGAUCAGCGGUGGGGGCAAUGGCUUAGGAAGAGCCCUAGCUUUGGAAUUUGCCGACCGAGGCUGUAAUGUAAUCGUGGUGGAUAUCGAUCUUAAGGCAGCUGAACAAACGUGCGUAGAACUAAGGGAGAAACGCGUUAAUGCCUAUGCCUAUCGAGUGGAUGUGUCGUCAUAUGAACAAGUGCAAACACUGGCUGACGAUGUGCACAAACACAUCGGACCGGUAGACAUUCUGGUCAACAAUGCUGCGCUAGUGUAUUUUGAUUUUUUGCAGAAUACAACCCCAGAUAUGGUGAACCGCACUAUCGAUAUCAACGUUAAAUCCCACAUGUGGACUACAAAAGUUUUUCUGGAAAAAAUGAUGGAACGAAGAAGGGGUCACAUAGUCGGUAUAUCAUCGAUGUCUGGUAUGUACGCGUUUCCCUGGGCAGUCGUAUAUUCGACAUCCAAAUACGCAGUGAAUGGAUUUAUGGCCGCUAUUACUGAGCAAUUGCGGCUGCAAGGAUUCAGUAACAGCAUUCAGACAACUUGCGUUUGUCCGUAUUACAUAGCAACUCGCAAGGAUAUAGUGGAUUUUCUUAAGAAACCCCGAUUUAAGCUGCUAACAACGGAACAUACGGCUCGCGUUAUAAUUGAUGGUAUACUCAGAAACCAGGUGACCAUUGCUAUUCCCCCAUUUUUUGAUCUUGGAGUUAGAAUAAUGCAAUUAUUUCCAAUAAAAAUACAACAACUAGUUCGAGAUUACAUAAUCAGAGAGUACGAACUAAAUUCAACCUGAAGCAAAAGUCAUUUGAAUCCCACAAACUAUUUAUUUCUACUGUUACGAUAAUAAAAUGUAUUGUAAAAAAAGUUAUUUUUUAUGUUAGCUUUUAAUUGAACUAAAAAAGACGAAAAAUCAACAAAAAAACGACUAAAUUGAAACUAAAGUGAAAAAAAAACUUAACACAAAGUUGCAUAUACUAUGCCAUGAUCUGCACAAUAUUUCAGCAUUGCUUCUUGCUUUCUGGUAAAUAAAAUCAACCCAAAGCGUCACAAAGUCAAUAUUUGAAAGGUCAAAAUCAUAAAAAAAAUCAUAAUCAAGUACAGAAUCAAGCAUACAUUUGACCGAGAAAAUGUACACUAAACAAACUCAAUCAAUCAAGAAAUAUUAA